GAAUAUGCCGGGCGCCCGCCCCUAUUAAAAUUGUUUAGCAAAACAAAACAAACCAGUUUCCGGCCGCGAAAUUUUAAAAAAAUAAGAAGUACACAAAAAAAAUAAGCCUGAAAAGUUUUACAUCACCAAGAUAUUGAAAUUUUCUAUCUCUGAAAUUUUGCACCACCUACUUAACGGCCUGCACCAAAGGCGAAAAUAAUGGAUAAGCAUCGGAUGUCGUACCGGCAGACCUUCGUGGUCGCCAUUAUAGUUGUUUUGGUUGUAGCCUCGCUGGGUUUCGUUCAUGCAAACGACGAUGCACAACACUGUAUGAUGAGUUGCAAAACUAGAAACGGGAAAGGAUGCAUUGGUCGACUUUACCAGCUUUCCGAGGAGCUUAGUCGUGUCGCUAAGUUGCCGGUAGGUUCGCAUGUUUGGGAUACGUUACGAAGAAGCAACUUGCGCUGCUCAUGUCCCAUGCACGAUAAACAACAGCCCUCACUCACGUCUGAACAAGCAACCUAUUCCAAGUCGUUUUUAUCCGGUAUUUGACAAGAUUGGGCUAACAGUGGCAGGAUACCAGCCUGGUACUCGGUGGUGUUACCGGUGCAAGUUGCUCGCCUAUAAGAAAUUUGAAAGCCGUCCUCAAACAAGUAGAAAACCAGUCGAGGAAAAAGCAAAUAGUAGUACAUCCGCCAUCGGCACAGAACAACAACUACAAAAGAUAUUUCAGUUUACGGGAUCCCCUAUUCUACACCUCCAUGAAAUUUUGCAAGAUAUAUCUAUGUCAGCACCUACCAUAUCCCAACUGGAUCAAACAAAGCAACAAUUUGGAAGGCUGUUUUCAAGACUUAAAGCUCUAGCAGACAUAUGUGAUAUUCAUCUCCUGGAAACAUGGAAAGAGCUGCAAACUCCCCUAGGUACCAUCAAAAUUGCCCCAAAUGGCAACGUGUUAAUGGAUAGUCAAGUAUGGGACCAAAUAAAGACAACAAUCAAAGAAUUUGACGAAUUGGAUGAAGGUACAGCUGUAUGAUCAAAUAUAUCUGCAUGCUCUAAUAUUUAUAAUAGCUUUAUCGAUCAGCACCGAUGUGGCUGAUCAGUGUUCAACCCCAGUGAUGGAUCAAGCCCAACUAAAACUGUGAAUAAUUUAUUCAAUAAUUGCUAUCAACAGGUAAUUCACUGGGCCAACUAGUGCAACAUUUCAGAUGGCUCUAUACCAUCAUGCCCUCAGUAGUGAAGCUCCAUUAUAUGAGCCAGCAGCAAUGAAAGCGUUCACACAAAAACACUCUCCAGGUCUGUUUGAAAUGCUUUUAAGUUAAAAAACAAGGGAGGACUCCAGACUCUCAGAUGAACAUCAAGCUGUACAGGAGCAAAGAACUGUUGUUCUCCUUCACACACUGGCAUAUUUCAGGUCUCAGAAAACUUCCACCCUACAAAAGGAUGAAGGGCUAUUCCUACAACAUCAUGGUGCUUCUAGGACAGCAAUCAAUUCAGGAAGGAUACUUCGUUUCAGUACAAGUCCUAGAAAUAUUGAUUCUCACAAGAAAGCACUAAUAA